GGAUAACUGAGACUCACGGAGCUGCUGCUUCGCCGCACACUCAAACAGAUAGCCUACGAACACUUCAACGAUAAUCGCAGAUCAUUUACCAAAGAGGGAUGAAGAGCAUCAACUUUUUUACCGACUUGCUUCUUCUAUUCAUAGCCAGUGAUGCGAGCGCUUGGAUUAUCAGAAAUGCGACUGAAACGCUCAUCGGAACCAAUAUCACUAUUAAUAAAUCGGAAAUGGUGAAUGACGGAUUUGCGUCCAUACCCAAAUCAAGGCAAAAACGGUACAUUUCGCAAGGUGACAUGAUAGCUAUUCUGGACUAUCACAACAAGGUGCGAGCGAAUGUUUUCCCACCUGCAGCCAACAUGGAAUAUAUGCUUUGGAAUGAAGACCUAGCCAGGUCAGCAGAAGCUUGGGCAGCCACUUGUAUUUGGGAACAUGGACCUCCUUACCUUCUCCGAUAUCUGGGUCAAAACCUCUCAGUCCGAACUGGCAAUUACCGCUCCAUUCUUCAGCUGGUUAAACCUUGGUAUGAUGAGGUCAGAGAUUAUGUGUUUCCAUACCCACAUGACUGCAAUCCCCGCUGUCCGAUGCGCUGUUAUGGACCAAUGUGCACACAUUACACACAAAUGGUGUGGGCGUCAUCAAACAGAGUUGGAUGUGCCAUCCAAACCUGUUACAAUAUGGUAGUGUGGGGCGUCAUAUGGAGGGAGGCAACGUACUUGGUCUGCAAUUAUUCUCCAAAGGGCAACUGGAUUGGUGAUGCACCUUACAGAGUCGGUGUGCCAUGCUCAGCCUGCCCUCCAAGCUACGGAGGUUCAUGCAGCAACAACAUGUGCUUUCCUGCCAUCAACUCAAACUUCAUGUACUGGUUUAAAUAA